AUGACAUAUGCGACUCCGCUACUGGUCAAUGCACAGGCAACACUAAAUGUAUGAGAGGAUGGUUUGGCGUAGGAUGUCAAUAUCGUGAGUUGUUUUUAUUUAUAUAUCUUGAACAUUUUCUAGGCCUAUCACUCAGUUGCAUAAGCUAUAUUUAUUUACUGUUCAUAUUUUGUAGUCGAAUUAUUGACACCUAUGCAAAAUAUUUUUAAAAAAUGCAAAAAAAAAAACAACCACUAUGUGAAAUUAAAAGUAAACAAUAAUUGUCUUUUUUAAUAUUAGGGAGUAGGGAAACAAAUCGAUUACCACAUCUGGUUUAAUGUUGUUCCCAAAUUUUAAAAGUAUCAAGGGUCAUGUACACAUUUGCCCUCUUUCCGGGGUGUGCCGACCCUAGAAUGUCAUUGGUCAGUAUACUUCAAACUUCCAGGAAAAAGAUACUUCCUUGACAUCAUGUGGUGGUUUGUUUCAUUCCGAAAUUUAACUGUAAAGGUUUUGUUUUACUGUAAAAGUUUUGUUUUACUCUAUAGGUUUUAUCAGGAUAAUGUAGCAAUUUUUUUUCUUCUAAUCCCGGAAAUCAACGUUUCUAAAAAAGAUUUCAAUUUUUAUAAACAUGAAAAUGGUAUUAUUUCCAAAAAAUGUUUUCUUUAUUAGCUUUUCAAAAUAGUGUAGAGAAAGCGUUGUGUGGAAUUGUGUAAACUACGCAUUAAAGCGAACUGUAUGGAGUUGUAAAAAAAAAAAUUAAGUUAAACAAAUAAUGGAAAAACCUGAGAAAUGCAUGCGUCCUGUUUUCAGGUUUUCCCACUCUUUGUAUAACCCUUUCCUUCUACCCUGACCCGAUUGCAGCCUCUCCCCUUUAUUUACAUUGAGGAAAAUGGGAACUAAAAGUAAAUCCUGGUGGUAACUCUAGACCAAAUAUCAGUACAUUUACUAAGAAUUGUGUAUCAUAUUACGGAAGCUUUUUAGAUGAGCACGGGAACCAGUAAAAUAUUUUACUUAUAGAGGCUGUAUAAUUACUUACAAGGAAGUUAAAAUCCGGUGAAAGUCAAAACAUCAAAUAGUUCUUUGGUAAAGAUGAGACUAAAAUAAACGGACUGAAGUUUCAGACAGUUACACCUGUCUGAUUGUAUAUAGUGCAGGAGUUAACACAGUAAAUCUUAAUAGACGUUGUUAAGGUCCUAACAGUCUAGUGGAAGGGCGCAACUAAAUAUUUUUAUAUACUUUACCUUAUAAAGAUAUAACACUAUGCCUAAUGUAAGAAAAGUUUUAACAGAAUAUCUUUUUUAUAAACGAGUUAUCAACAUGGCAAUUUAAUGACAUUUUGUAAAAUACCUUUUGAUCUAUAUCGAUAAAUAUAUGCAUUUUUUAACAUUCAACAUUUGUUCUAAGAUAUUUGCCCACAGUUUAGAUUAAUACAUUUUAACAUUAAAAUAUAAAUUUUGUAAGAAUUUAGAUAAUUUAAGGGUAAUUAUGAUUUUUUUUAAUCAAGGGUACGUUUCGUUACGCUUUCAUGACUUAACUGUUCUUGGUAAUGUUGCAUUUUAGCGUCGGUAAUUGAAAAAAAAAAAAAAUUCGUUGGUAUUUAAAAAAAAAAUAUUUUUCAAAUAAAUAAAUAUUCAUUGCCGAAGUUCUGUAUUUCUAGUGAAGUCCCAAACAGAAAUGCAGCAACUUUGCAGGCUUGCAUACAGCAGCAUAUUUUGCCAGUUUCUCCCAUCAAUUCUGACGGUUGGGCAGCAUAUGCCAAGUUAUGCGCAAGUCGACAGGAUAUGAGGUGGAAUAUAUCAACAUUCAGUUGUUGUCCAUCAACACAACUUCGUUGACCCAAACGAUACAGAAGUCCACACACAGAGCAUUUAGAAUAUGUGGAUGCCGACUAAGCCCUAAGUGAACAGACAGUGCGGGGACUAGUCCUGCUCUAUUUUCGUCAUAUUUGCACGAGUUUGCUUAUCGUUAUUACUUUGGUGAUGUAGACUUAUUUUCACAGUUCUUCAUCACUUUGGCUGACAAUUAUGGAUACACGAACAUGCGUUUUCACUAUUGUAUCUCGGGAUAAACCUUAACAUUGUUUUAUAUGGUUUAAUUAUUUUUUAACAAUUUUUAAAUUUGUUUAAUUACCGACGCUAAAAUACAACAUUACCCUUUUCUUAGAGUGUACUCAAUUUCAAAUAGAAUAUGGAACUCAUUUCAUAAACUCUUAAAUGAGCAGGAAUGCAACUUAUUAUCACGGUAGCCGCACAGCACUAGGCGUAAGCUAGGUCUAGCAUGAGUUAUAUUGUACGAUGUCAUUCAGCAUGAUCUUGAGCCUGUUAGUCUUUUCUGAUACGUAGAGAAAUUUAAAACCUUAAAUUCGAAGAUCGUUACGCAUUGGGUCCAUCAGUAGCCUAAAUGCCAGGAGGAAGAUAACGCUGAAACUUGAUUGACAACAUAAAAUUUGCCGACGUAAUUCUUCAGCAAGCCUCACACGUUUGGGAAAGAUUGAAAACUAUACAGCACUGCGACGCCUCACAGCUAGAAGGGUAAAGAAGAAGAGGAGAUGGUUAGUAUAAAAUGAUUCUUUUUAACCAGAUUUUUAUGGAAAAUUCAAUAUUUUUUUUGUUACAGAGGAUUUAACCAGUGUGCCGUCUACUACAAUAACCAGCUCCCCGUUACAAACAUCUAACACAUGGAUCACUGACAGAGAUGACUCUACCUGUAAUCAAGACAUCUAUCUACAAUCUGUUGUUGUAGCAUGGAAUAUUACCUACCCUUUCUCAUGGUUGAGACUCGCUGCCAAGGAUAAUGGUACGUGUGAUUUUGUAUAACUUGAUAAAUUUUAAAACGUUUUUUUAAAACACGCGGUAGGAUUAAAAUCGUUUAAAUAAACACAAAUAAAAACUGUUACAUGAAAACUAGUUGCUUUUAUUUAUUUUGAAAUCAUUUAUAUGAACUUCGCUUUUAUUUGUGUGUUUGUGGCAAAAUCUUCGGAAGGCUAAAUGACCCACUUGCAGUUAGUAUAUCGAGCUAGAAUUUAUCAUAACAUAUGACAAAAUAUUCUCUCAUAUUUUCAGCCCCACUUCCACCCUCAAACAACAAAGAUAAGUUUAUCCCAUUUUCAAAGAGAAAGCUAAUUGACCCAUUUCCUGUUAUCCUAUCGAGCUUAAACUUGGCACAUAUACAUGUUCUUAAUGAAAAUUCAAAUUUUUAGCCCCGUCCCCACUUCAGCCCCACAAUCACUUUUUUCCCCAUUUUUUAAGGAAGUGGGGUGGGAAUGUUUUGUUAAAUGUGUGCAUGCUUUGGUGUGGAGAUUAAUUGUGUAGCUGUUGUUAUUACCAGGUAUUUGUGACGUAUUUUGGGUAUGCAGUAAAAAAAUGUAUUUUUGAAGGGGCCAAUGAAGGCAUAUAAAACGCGUUUUCGACAGAAUUUUACCCAUUUACCUAAACGCUUCUCAAUAAAUGAAAAGUGACGUACAUUACGUAAAUGGAAUUAUAAAUACAUAUACAGGAUUUAUAUAAAUAAAAAAGUAAAGGUUGUUUUUAAUUCUUGAUAAUUGUUCAAAUGAUUCAAUAAUAUAAUUAAGCACAAAGCCUUUCAAGUUCUUGGACUUUUUUUUUUAUUGCAAUAUCAAUGCUGAACAAACAAGCUGAUGUGCAUAUUUUUUCACGCGUAGCUUACCCUGGGACAUUUAUGGUUUCCUUCAAAACGAGCGGUGGCAGCUUAACAGAAACGCCUUGCA